ACACCGCUGGCUGCUGCUGCUGCUGGGCAAGUGACUUCCGGCUUUUUUUUUUAACCAAGCCACGCCACAACACUUGGCCAAGCCCCGAAAAGAGUCCAAAGUAUAAAUGGCUAUGUUGUUGUCAAAAUGCUGCCACAAAUUUGACGAGAGUGCAACGCGAUGGAGCUGCCAACAAUUGGGAAGAUAUGCGGACUGCUUAGCCAGCUGAAGAUGCAAAUGUUGCUGCAGUUGCUGUUGCUCGCAUCGCCGGCAAUGUUGCAGCACCACCACUUGAUCUUUCAUCCGCGGCAGCUGUACUACGAUUCACCGCGACUUCGGAGAUUUGAGUAUUCCGCAGCCACGCCCUUUGUGGGCGGCUAUGGUCCGGCUGCUCCUCCGUCGGCUCCUCUGCACUACCAACAGCAGACGCCGCACUUCCAGCUGAUCAACUACCGCCCCAGCUAUCCAGCCCUGCCCUUGGACUACCAGCAACAGCAGUUGCCCGCUCCUGCCCCGCCCCUUCCGCCUCUUUAUCCGCAGUCAAGUGUGCAGUACCAGCAAAGGACCAUCGCUCCGCAUGCCGAACUGGCCAAGUAUCGCUAUGAGGGGAACUAUCUGCCGAUGCAACGGGUUGCCCUGCAGCAACCUCAACGUCGCGCCGAGGAGCAACAGCAAUUGCAGCAGCAGCACUUGCAACAGCAGCAGCACUUGCAACAGCAGCAGCAGCAGCAGCAGCAACUCUACAAUGUGCCACCGGCACUAUUCACCAGUGAUGUGUUGCAUGUGAUACCACCGCGGAUUGCCAGAUUGCAGGAGCAACAUCAACAACCUUCGCAAUCGCAAUCUGUCCAAACGGAGCGACCCAGGAGGUUUGCCAAGGAUCAGGAUACGGAUGUCGCCGAAACCAGAAGUCGAAGUGAUCCAAAAACGAAGGAAACCAAAUACUUUCAUGAUAUUUUUAUGCGCUUUGAUGGCCCCAGUUCGCGGAGUCAUGGUCACGUCCUGAAGCAUCCGAAGGUUCAGGAAAAACGCUUCGAAUCGCAGAGAGGCACGAACCGCUACAAGGGCGAGGUGAUUUGGACAGAUCGUCGUGGAGGCCACGGCGAACACCGCUGGGACAUGGCGCAGGGAAAACUAUCUACUUGAGCAGCGCACCUCUGAUCAUCCUCAAUUUGCAUACUCCUUUCCCUCCCCUGCCAACCCCUUCCCCCACUCUCUGUACAUACCCAUCAAAGAACUCGC